AUGCUCUUCGUCGACCAAUACCGACCUCGCUCCCUCAGCGACGUCCACUACCACACCGCACUCUCAGAUCGCCUCAUCGGCCUAGCCAGCAGCGACGAUGUUCCCCAUCUUCUCUUCUACGGCCCCUCUGGUGCCGGCAAAAAGACGCGCAUUCACGCCCUGAUCAAGGAGCUCUUUGGUCCUGCCGCCCACAAACUCAAGAUCGACCAGCGCAUCUUUUUGAAUCCUAGCAAGAGGAAGAUAGAUGUAAACAUCGUGUCAUCGGCGUAUCAUCAGGAGUUGACGCCGAGUGAUGCUGGCGGGUGGGAUAGGCUGGUCAUUCAGGAUGUGUUGAAGGAGAUUGCCAUGACGCAGCAGGUCGAUCAGAGUGCCAAGCAUAGGUUCAAGGUCGUCGUCAUCAAUGAAGCCGACUCCCUCUCACGCGACGCCCAAUCAGCGCUGCGCAGGACGAUGGAGAAGUACAUGGGCAACCUGCGAUUGAUCCUCUGCGCUACAUCCACCAGUAAGAUCAUCGCGCCCAUUCGAUCUCGUUGCCUGCUUAUUCGAGUUGCAGCCCCGACAGAGGAGGAGGUACGUACAUGCACCGUCCUCCAACACGUAGCCAAGCGCGAGAAGUUCCAUCUCCCCGACGCCCUCGCAACGCAAAUCUACACCGACUCGCAAGGAAACCUGCGCAAAGCCCUGCUAGUCCUAGAAGCUCUCCGUAUGCAAUCACCGGACCUAUCCGCCUCCUCCUCAGUGGCCAUCGCAAAGCCGGAUUGGGAGCUCUACACGCACAAGCUGUGCGACCUAGUACUCGCUGAACAGUCCCCUGCAAAAUUGCUGGAAUGUCGUACGCAUUUGUACGAGUUGCUGGUGCACGCCAUUCCGCCUAGGACCAUUUUGAAGACGAUGGUGGAGUAUCUGGUGGGAGGGGGCAGGGUGGACGAGACGCUCAGAGCACCAAUUGUUGAGAAGGCGGCAUUCUACGAGCUAAGGACGAGAGGUGGAGGGGGAGGAGGCGGAGGAAAGGCCAUCUUUCAUUUGGAGGCCUUUGUUGCGGCCGUUAUGACUAUGGUCAAGUCGGUGAGUGCGCCGACGAAGAGAGUCAAUCAUCUGCGUGAGCCCGAAGUGUAGCAAGCUGACCAUCCUUUUGCAACUGCCCGCACGCGCAGCUGUACAUGGG